GCUGGUAUAAAGAUGCCUCCUCGGUUCCACCCAGGAGAGUUGCAAGGCUUCUUGUGAUGAGAAUUGGCCUGGCAGUGUGUGAUGGAGGGAGGGCUGCUCUCUGCUCUUCUCCUGGGAUCCAUCGUGAUGUUGGUUGUGGUGUUGAACCAUUUCCUUCCCUUGUUACUGAAUCUUGGAGCUGCUCCAAGGGGGAGCUUCGGAUGGCCUUUGUUAGGCGAGACCUUGAGGUUUUUGAGCCCACAUGCUUCAUAUGCUCUUGGAAGUUUCUUAGAAGACCAUUGUUCUAGGUAUGGGAAGGUCUUCAAGUCGCAGCUCUUCUGUACCCCGACCAUCGUCUCCUGUGACCAGGAGCUGAACCACUUCAUACUCCAGAACGAGGAGAAGCUGUUCCAGUGCAGCUACCCGAGACCCAUACAUGGCAUACUGGGCAAGUCUUCCAUGAUUGUGGUGGUAGGUGACACCCACAAGAAGCUGAGAAACCUGGCCUUGACACUGGUCACCACCACCAAGGCAAGAGCUGGAUAUCUCAAUGAUAUAGAGAGAAUCGCUCUUCGAGUCAUGGGCUCAUGGAAGGACAAGAAGAGGAUCUUCUUCUGUGAGGAGGCCAGAAAGUUCACUUUCAGUGUCAUAGUGAAACAAGUCCUCGGGUUGUCACAAGAUGAGCCACAGACUGCAAAAAUUCUUGAGGACUUCCUGACUUUUAUGAAGGGUCUCAUUUCUUUUCCCCUCUACAUCCCAGGAACCGCAUAUGCCAAAGCUGUUCAGGCUAGAGCUAGGAUUUCUUUAACUGUGAAAGCCAUACUAGAAGAAAGAAGAAAGAACGGAGGGGAUUCCAGUCAGAAGGGUGACUUCCUUGAUGAACUCCUAUCAGUUGGUAAUUUGUCUGAGGAGGAAAAGGUCAGUUUCUUGCUGGACUCCUUGCUGGGUGGCUAUGAGACCACCUCCCUGCUGAUGUCAAUGGCUGUUUACUUUCUCGGGCAAUGUCCAUCAGCUCUGGAGCAGCUCAAGUCAGAACACCAGUCCAUUAGAGCCAACAAGAAGGAUGAGUACUUGAACUCAGAAGGCUACAAGAAAAUGGAGUUUACCCAACAUGUCAUAAAUGAGACUUUAAGAUGUGGAAACAUUGUUAAGUUUGUUCACAGAAAGGCUCUCAAGGAUGUCAGAUACAAAGAGUAUCUGAUCCCAUGUGGCUGGAAGGUCCUGCCCGUCCUCAGUGCAGUACAUUUAGACUCUUCCCUUCAUGGAAAUCCCCAAGAGUUUCACCCCUGGAGAUGGGAGGGUUACAACCAAACAUCAACCAAAAAGUUCACUCCAUUUGGUGGUGGGCCAAGGCUUUGCCCAGGAUCUGAACUUGCCAAAGUGGAGGUUGCUUUCUUCCUCCACUUCAUGGUGCUCAAUUUCAGGUGGAAACUGGAAGGCGAAGAAGACAUUCCCAUCGCUUACCCCUACGUGGAGUUCCCAAGAGGAUUACCACUGGAAAUUGAACCGGUGCCAUCCGAAUAUUAACCGAGGAGGAGAGAGCAAAAGGCUAGUCUUCCACUCCAGUGUCCACUCCACCACCAGGUCAUGGCCACACUGCCUCUGUUCCAGGUUCAUCAUGCAAUAGCAUCAGAUUCAGCCAUGUUUUCUCGAAUCGCGAGUCGUCGUCCGAGCAGAUUGCAGAUCCUUCCAUGUUUAUAUCUGUUGUUCUGCCAGUUUCCAUAACAUGAAAUAGAGUUGUAUAAAUCUGUGUAGCUUUAACCAUCA